GCUCACAUUAAAGGAGUUCCUCUUCCUUUUUUUUAUGAAACUGAGCUUGCUUAAUCAGAGAUGGAGCAAACAGACUGCAAACCCUACCAGCCUCUGUCUAAAGUCAAGCAUGAAAUGGAUCUAGCUUAUACCAGUUCUUCUGAUGAGAGUGAAGAUGGAAGAAAACCAAGACAGUCAUACAACUCCAGAGAAACUCUGCAUGAGUAUAACCAAGAACUGAGGAUGAAUUACAAUAGCCAGAAUAGAAAGAGGAAAGAAGUAGAGAAAUCUACUCAAGAGAUGGAAUUCUGUGAAACUCCUCGCACUCUCUGCUCUGGCUACCAGACCGACAUGCACAGUGUCUCUCAGCAUGGCUACCAGCUUGAGAUGGGAUCUGAUGUGGACACAGAGACAGAAGGCGCUGCCUCACCUGACCAUGCACUGAGGAUGUGGAUAAGGGGGAUGAAAUCAGAGCACAGUUCCUGUUUGUCCAGCCGGGCCAACUCUGCAUUGUCCUUGACUGACACUGACCAUGAAAGGAAGUCUGAUGGGGACAAUGGUUUCAAAUUCUCUCCUGUUUGUUGUGACAUGGAGGCUCAAACUGGAUCUACACAAGGCAAGUUUUCCCAAGAUUUGACCACCUAUUAUUUUUAUCUCAUCCCACUGCUGACACCCACCCCACAAAGUGGACUCCUGCCCCUCUGA